AUGAAUAAAAUUAUGCUCUCAUUUAGAAGCUCAUAAAAGCAAAAUCAAUUUUUUACUGAUCAACUUCCUAUGUUAACUUUUUUUUAUGAAAGGGUCUGCAUUUUUGGAUCAAUAAGUGCAAUAAUAAUUUUUUCUUUAGAAUUCACUUACCCUAUAGGAUUUGGGAAUAGUAAAUAUCUUAUAAUUUGUUUACCUUUGAUCUUUUUCAUAUCCUUUAAACUAAUUAAAAAAUACCCAAAGUUAUUCAACUACAUUUUACCUUUUAACAAUCUUUUAAUUGGCUUAAUCUACAAUAUUACUCUUUUAUUUGAUUUAAUUCCACACUUAAAUUUGAUGAUUGGAUAAACAGUUGUUUUAGUAUAGUUUAGUUUGCUUUUAGGUUCGAACUUUGUAUUAAAUAUGGCAAUUAUUAUAUUUAACUUUUCAACUUUAAUUCUAGUUUAAACAUUAGUAUAGAACUCUUUUAAUGGAAAUUAAGUUAUGUUAAUAUUAGGUAUUAAAAGAUUAAAUAAUUUAGCUUUGAUUUUGUCCUGUUUAGCAUAUUAUUCAAAUGAAUAUUAAAAAAGAGAAUUCUUCUUAUUAAAAUAAAGAGAUGAAGUAUAAUAUGGUAGUUUGAUUGAACAAUUUAGUAUAUAAGUAAUGAAAAUCAAAUUUGAUCGAAAAACAAACUUCCUGAAAUUAGAAUCAUAAAAUUAAAUUUCAAAUGGAUACAUUUUCUCUACUUAAGAAGAUUUUAGAAAGUUCAUCAGAUAAAUUUUAAUACCAAAAUAAUAAAGAUUUACUAUGAUUUAAUCAAAAAUAUCAUCAUCAAGAAUAAGGAGUGAAUAUUUACAAUAGAAUUCCCAAGUUAGAUUUACAAGAAUAUCAGUUCCAAAUUUAGAAGGUUCUGAAACACUUGAAUAAGUGCUUCAUAAAUCAUUCACAGCAAAAAAAAUUGAUAAUUUUGAUUUUUUAUAAGGUUAUGAUUCUAAUGCAAAAUGUGAUUAUAAAAUAAAAAUCUACCACACAAUUGAAAAAGGAGAAGCAAAAGCAAUGGUAUUACUUUAAUAGAAUGAAGUAAAAAGAGAACUUAUAAAAGUGAAAUAAUAAAGAGAUUAUUUAAAGAAAAUAAUUUAAUAAUUUCAAUAGUUAUUUGAAAUUCGUAUAAAAUAAUUAAGUUCACUUAUAAAUCCUAUUAGAUUAUAUAACUAACCUAUUGUAUUUUCAGAAAUAUAAUUUAGAUUAGUUCAAUUCAUUUCAGAAUAUUUUUCAAUAUGUAUAAAUAAAAAUGAUAUACCUAAAUUAAAAAUUUCAUAAAUAAACAUUUAAAGCUUAUUAUAAUAAAUAGAAAAUCCUUUAAAAGAUUAUUUAAAUUAUAAAUAGAUUAAAUUUUCAUAUCAAACAGAUCACAAUUUAAUUAUUAUUAAUGAUACUUAUUUAAUCACACAUUUAAUAUUAAGUCUAGUAUGUUUUCUUAUUUAAAAAUCUCCAAUUUAAAUUAAUUUAUAUAUAAAUUAGAAAAAUGAAUCAAAAUUAAAAAUAGAUAAUGUUGAUGAAAUUAUAAUUAAAUUAAAUGCUUAAUAUAGUGGAACUAUAAAAAAAGUAUUUGAAAUAGAUUGUUUUAAUUAAAUGAUAAAAAAAGUAAUCAAGAUUAUAGGACCAAAAGGAGAAUUCAUAAGUAAAUUAGAGAAUUCUUAGUUUGGUUAGGAAAUAAACUUCGAAUGUGUAAUAUUUAAGAAUAUUAACUCUUUUAAAGCAAUCGUAUUAGAACUCUGA